AUGGCGUCCAAGAUGACACCCUACCUAUUCCGCUCCGCCAUGCGGUCGGCAUCGCGCGCUGGCUUUGCCCAGACACGGGCCUUCUCAGUCACGGCUCGCCGACCGAGCGACACCCUCAUGGUGCAUCGUAACACGCCCGAGAACAACCCCGACAUUCCCUUCAAGUUCACCCCUCAAAACGAGAAGAUCAUCACCGAGAUCCUAAAGCGCUACCCCCCUCAGUACAAAAAGGCCGCCGUCAUGCCCAUCCUCGACCUUGGCCAGCGCCAGCACGGCUUCACGUCGAUCAGCGUCAUGAACGAGGUCGCCAGGUUACUCGAGAUGCCCCCCAUGCGCGUCUACGAAGUGGCCUCUUUCUACACCAUGUACAACCGUGACCCCGUGGGCAAGUUCCACGUCCAGGUCUGCACGACGACCCCCUGCCAACUGGGCGGCUGCGGCUCCGACAUCAUCGUCAAGACUAUCAAGGAGCACCUCGGCAUCAAGCAAGGCCAGACCACCCCCGACGGUCUCUUCACGCUCGUCGAGGUCGAGUGUCUUGGUGCCUGCGUAAACGCCCCCAUGGUCCAGAUCAACGAUGAGUACUACGAGGACCUCACCCCCGAGACCACCGUCUCGCUCCUCAGCGCGCUCAAGGAGAGCGCGGCGGCCACGAACCAGGCCGACGCGGACGCCAAGAUGCCCAAGCCCGGACCCCAGACUGGGCGGGACACAUGCGAGAACAGCAAGGGGCAGACCAACCUGCUGGAUGAGCCGUGGGGCGUGGAGAAGACAAGGUCGGACUUGUAG